GACCUGAACAGGCGGCCGAGGGUGGCCGAGAAGGGAGCCUCUCUGGCAGCGGGGGAUGCGGGAGCCCCAAAGGCCGAGGGGAGCCGGUCAGCCCCGCUCAUCACGCGGCGUUGAGGCUGGGCUACAGUUGAAGGAGGGCCGGGCAAGCGGAGCGGCCGGAAGCGCCUCCGCCCGGACUCUCCCGGGGACGGACCUCCGGCCUCCUUCCGCCCCGGGCUGGCCGGCCAUGGAGGCGCUGCGGGAGGCGCUGCGGGAGGCGCUGGCGGGGCUGCGGGGCGGAGGCGGAGGCGGGGAGGCCUUCGACCGGGGCCGCUUCUGGGAGGCGCUGGCCGGAGCCUUCGGGGCCGCCUCGCGGGAAGCCACGCGGCUCAGCCUAGCCGCCCCCCGAGCCCAGAUUUGCGAGAGGCUGAGCCAAGAGGUGCGCGAUGCCACCAUCGGAGCUGUCUUGGUCUAUCACCAGCUCCCAGAGAGCCAAGGAAGGGCCCUGAACAACGCUGUCCGCUGUGCCACAAUACAGUUGGUGGAAGGGAUGAUUCAGCUCGUAGAGGUUAUCCUUCGGACCCCCCAGGAGAGUCUGUCUCAGGAGCAGCUUAUCUCAACCGGAGGCGUCUGGGAGGCCUGCGACCGGGUUUCCCGCCUGCCUCAUGACAACCUGGCAGCCGUCACGUUGGCCAUUUCCUCCUGCCUGGAACUUAUCAAGGAUGCCUUGGAGGAGAUGGAGCAGAUGGAGGCCGAGGGAGGGGCUUCUCCCGGUGACCCUCUGGAGGAUGAACUGCUGGGCUCCCCAGGGAACGGCGGCUUCGCUUGGACAGAUGCUGAACGGCAGCUGCUGGGCCCCUGCAAGGGGCUGGUGAAGGCCACCAAGGCUGGGCUGAGGAAAUUGCUGGCGGCCAUGAGAAGCCACGGCGGAGCAGACACGGAGGAGCAGGUGGCUCAACUGGAUGCCCUGGCCGAGGCUGCGGCUGAGCUCAGCCCCAGUGUGGACGAACUGGUGCUCAGCCUCUGCCCGCCCGUGAACCAGCUCGCUCUGCGGCUGAACGCUGGGAAACUGGCUUCGGUGCUAAUGAAGAUGCUGGAAACCACCAGGACGAGCCACGUCUGCCCUCCCUCCGAAGAGAGCUGGGUGCGGUUCCUGGCUGGAGCAGUGGACCACAACCUAGGCAAGAUCAAGGACUCCACCCAAGGCCUGCUGCGAGACCCUGGCCCAGCAGGGGAGGGUCGGUGCACGAGCGACACCCGGCCGAAGGAGCAGCCGUAGCGCUUUUGCCUCGACUGUGGGCAGUAAAGGACCCUUGGCCUCUUUGCCAGAAGCUCGGAACGCUUGCAGGAUGCUCAUUUUUUCUACCACAAGCCCACACACGCUCACGGCUCCGGUUCCAGAGAGACUCUGACCCGGGGCACGGAGGCCGUGACCUGUGUGGGGAGGGCGGGGUACGUGCAGAGGACCCAGUUCCCGGGUUUCCUGCCCCACCCCACCCUCCCACUCCCUCCUUUCUAGCCGGCCAGCGGUAGCUGCCGAGUGGGGUGGUCAGUUGUGGCUCUGGCCCACCAGAGUACAUGGAUGACUCCCCGCUGGUCUGUUCCUUCUGGGGGGCUGCCCUUGCUAGGCGGCUCCCCGGGGAAGGCAGCCCCCAGGGGCCAGGAGAGGGCAAUCCAGGCGUAGGUUGAACCUUCUGCAGCCCCGGCCACAGGGGAGGGUCCGUGGGGAAUGGCUGCCUCUGCCAAGGGCGUGGGGUGUUCCCGGGUUAAGGUUAUGCCCCCCUUGAGCUCCACUGCAGGAUCCGCUGCGCCCAAAGAGAGGCCGCUCGGGGCAGCUGUUGUGCGGGCCCCCCUCCCUUUAUUCCUGAGCUGCUUUGACAUCUGAUGCAUUGUAACAGAAGCCUUCUGCGUUGGGCAUGAAGCCUAAGAUAAAGUGCAGCCCCCUCA